CUGAAGGAAGGGGCUCGUCCCCAGUUUAUUUCCUGUUGCUUUGAUAAAACACAGACCAAUCCAACACAGGGGAGGUCAGAGCUUUCUAGGCUCACACAUCCAGGUCACAGCCCAUCACAGAGGGAAGGCAGGGCAGGAAAGGAAGCAGAAACCUGAGGACAGGAACUGAAGCAGACGCCAUGGAGGAUUGCUGCUUACUGGUUUCCUUCCUGCGUCUGUUCAGCUAGCUCUUUACAACAAUUACGCCAUCUGCCUGGGGGCAGACCACCCUUGGUGGGUUAGCUGUCCCUCAGCUGAAGUUCUUAGUUGACAAUAAGGAACAGCUAUCAUAGGGACAAAGAAAAAUCUCAAGUCUCCUCUGCUCUCCUCGGGCUGAGGUUCAGACCUGGACGGAGAGGUGGACCUGAGGCUCAGUAGGGAUGCAGUAGAACUUUCUAGAAGUUCCUUCUCUACAUCUCCUCAGCAGCUGACACUGUAGGUACCAGACAGAGCAGGUCUUGGGGAGAGGUCUCUGCUGGGAGAGCACUUCAAGAGGAUGAUACCAAAGGAAAUUACUAAGUGCAGGUGGGCUAUGGGAUCCUGCCACUGAGUGUCCACUGCUUCUGCAGGAUGCAAGAAGGACAGAGACUACAAGCAAAACUUCCCAUUGUGGAAAGUCUCUUUGGCUCCCCACACUUAAUCCAUGGUCCUAACACUGGCAUAGGAAAACUACUCAAAGGGCCCGAGUGAAUUUUCACACAGCAGUCAGAAUACAUGUGGAGUUGAGAGGCAACAUGAAUUCCUUCUGUAGGAAAAGAAAGGAUUCUGCCUGGGCCCUGCUCCCUUGCUCCUCAACCAGCAGAAGGCUGUUGGCAUCUCAAUAAGGGGCCUGAGUUUGGGUCUGGGUCUGUGGGUACAGACAACGGCACUUCUGCUAAUCUCGGGGUAUCUCUAUACUAGAGUCCUGUGUAGUUACAGCCUUAGCUGUUUGUGGACUGUUAGAUUGAGAACAGUCGCUCUGGUACCCACAGGGGUGAGGUGUGGGCAGGUGUGCCCUGUAGGUAGGCACGGAAACUUACUGGCAAGCCUGGCUACCGGAGGAGGCUAGAGACAGAGUCUAGAGAGAUGAGGCCAGGAGCAGUUAUGAGCUCAGCCCCAGGGAAACCACCUGAUAGAUAAGGCUGGUGGAGGUCUUAGGAGGAAGAUUCCGAUACACACUUACUAUAGACCAUAUGCUUAGUGCGGUCACAUGGCUGGGAACAGGGGUAUAACUUAGCGAAGCUUCUUCUCUCCAAAGCCCUGGGGUUAAGCCAUAACACCAAAGCUGGGGAGACCUAGGAGAGACAUUCAGGAGAGAAAUCACUUGCAUUUAAGGUGUCAGUACAAUAUUACAGAGCGGAAGCUGCCAUGGGUCUCUUCCCUUCUGUGCUUCCAGAAGUUUAAGAGUCGGUACUGUAAUGAUCCAGGCUGGGAGCAAGUAAGUGGAUGUUCUCACGCCGACCCACAAGCAAGAACAGACAAGAGGUUUCCUGUGGUGCCGCCCUGCCUCUCCAUCUGCGUGAGGGAUGGAUUCCUGUGUGCGGAUGCGCCACGCAUGCCACAGCACAGGCAAACCUUCUUGUGGAUAGAACAUCACUGUCCAGGCAACAGGACCCUGGUGCUGUCAGGUGGGCAGCUUCUCACAUUCCUCACCACCAAAUAAGUAGAGAUUGGUUGUUAAAUGUUCCACGUUUUAGGACUACCCUGGAAAAAGUCAUGGUUUACACAAAGAUAAAUUAUAGUGGAGAUAGGAUUUCUUCAUUUUUCAAAGGACUGUCAGUUUUAAAAAGCAAAUCACCAUAGCGUGAGCCAUGGCUUACCCCAACAUUUGCCUCCACAGUUCAGGGACACUAGCAUUAUUAAAUAAGAAGGAGGGCAGGCAUAUUAAGAAUUGAAAGUGCCCAUACUGGCUGAGAUUCUAGAGUUAGUGCUAAAACUCUGGGGUUCAAGAAAAACCAUGCUAGCAAAUAAAAUAGCCUUGAUGGCUCCGGAGACCUGUAGGUCUGAGAAUCGAGUAUCUCUGGCGUUUUCACAAAGUUCUCUCACAUAGCUUGCUUCAGUGUGAGUGAAUGAGCUGUUCUGAGAACUCUAGGUGGAGGGGAGGAAUUGGAAGCGUCUACAGAUGGAAGCCCAGAUCUGUCUGUCUGUCUGUCUGUGUCGAAGAUGACAUGAACAGGAACCCAUGUUAGCUCACUGUCUGCUUCCUCAAACCUAGUGCCUGACACGGGAGGUAGCACACAUGGAUGAUGAUUUUGGCGCAAUAUCCGUGCAAGCUGGGUUUGGGAGGUAUAAACGUGUUUAAGACAAAGUUCGCCCCCCUCCCCAACAACGUCUGGGAAGACAUCAGACUAAAGCGACUGGUGGUGCACAGUAUCUGGUCGAGAAGCAGCUUGUGUUAGGAAAAAGGUAAAAAACAAAAACAGAACGAGACAGGUGCCCCAUCGCGGAGAGCAAGUCAGAAUUUUGGGUCCAUCUGCUGGGUAGACAGUUUUGUAGAAUGCGUUCUCAGUGGAACUUUUGACGUUUACAGUUUUAGAGUCUCUUAGUACUCCUCUCUGGUGAGCGCGGGGAAAUUUGCAUAUGUGGCAUAGAGGAGGGGACAGGGAUAGCCCCAAUUUGCAGGGCCGCUCUCCUCCCGUGCCGGUGACGCUUGCCAACUUCGCAGAGGUCUGGACCAAGCGCGCAGUCAUAUUUUCAGAGAACUUAACAGAUUUGCAGCAGAUGACCGAUGAUCAGGACUGUGCUGCGGAGCUGGAAAAGGUGGAUUCUUCCAGCGAAGACGGAGUUGACGCCAAGCCAGACCGCUCCUCUAUCAUCUCCUCUAUUCUCUUGAAGAAGAAGAGAAAUGCCUCUGCGGGCCCCGUCAGGACCGGCCGGGACCGAGUGCCCACUUAUCUGUACCGCAUGGAUUUCCAGAAGAUGGGUAAAUGCAUCAUCAUAAACAACAAGAACUUCGACAAAGCGACAGGUAUGGACGUCCGGAAUGGGACGGACAAAGAUGCAGGGGCCCUCUUCAAGUGCUUCCAAAACCUGGGUUUUGAAGUAACCGUCCACAAUGACUGCUCUUGUGCAAAGAUGCAAGAUCUGCUUAGAAAAGCCUCUGAGGAGGACCACAGCAACUCGGCCUGCUUCGCCUGCGUCCUGCUGAGCCACGGGGAAGAGGACCUGAUUUACGGGAAAGAUGGCGUGACACCCAUAAAGGAUCUGACAGCUCAUUUUAGGGGAGACCGAUGCAAAACCCUGUUAGAGAAACCCAAACUCUUCUUCAUUCAGGCAUGCCGAGGGACGGAGCUCGAUGAUGGAAUCCAGGCUGACUCGGGGCCCAUCAACGACAUUGACGCUAAUCCCCGCAACAAGAUCCCGGUGGAAGCCGACUUCCUCUUUGCUUACUCCACGGUUCCAGGUUAUUACUCAUGGAGGAACCCAGGGAAAGGCUCCUGGUUUGUGCAGGCCCUCUGCUCCAUCCUGAAUGAGCAUGGCAAGGACCUCGAGAUCAUGCAGAUCCUGACCAGGGUGAACGACAGGGUGGCCAGGCACUUCGAGUCCCAGUCUGAUGAUCCACGCUUCAACGAGAAGAAGCAGAUCCCGUGUAUGGUGUCCAUGCUCACCAAAGAGCUGUACUUCAGCCGUUGACCACCCUUCAGCUGAGAACCUGCCGCCGUUCGUUGAUGAAUCCAGUUUUUAUUUUAUUUUUGUUCCGAUGCUCUCAAAAUAUCCAGAAAUGUUGAGGGGAUUUAAUUUCAGGAAAGUCUAGAUUUUUUUUUUUUUGUUUAAUAACUUUGUUCAUCUGAUGACUUCAUGCUCUUCCUCUAAGGUUGAUUUCCUGUUUCUGUUUCUUUUUUUCUUUGUCGUCUCGCUGAGUGCAUGCUGUGAGCAUGACCUCUGGAGAAGACAUUGGCAAUGACGUCUCAGUUGAACUUGGCAAAGAGAAUCCCAGCUCUUGAUGAAAGAAUACAGCUGCGACACCUGUUGGCCUCCAUUGGCAAAGGUGGCUGCUGAGUGGUUGUUCUCAGUGGCUUAGGGCAGAUUUUUAAGCCGACCUUCCCAGGUGGCUGAGAGAAGACGACAGUUAAUAUUCCAGUAUAUAGAACCCAAUCCAGAAAAUAAGCCAUCCUAGGAAUAUCGGUGCAGAAGGGUCAAUACAGGGAAUUCACUUACUCGGGUAAUUGAGAGACAGUCAAUCCCGUUACCUCACAUGCCUCUGUGGGGCUGUAAGAGGACUUCGGUUCCCUUGUCAUCAGUAAGAACUGUGGCAGGGCAGCCUUCUAGAGACUAGAACCAUGGAGGACUAUGGUGAUUGGAGCCAGGCUCAGGACAAGCCACUGCCUGAGAUGGAAACCAAGCCAGAACUGAGUCAGACACCAAAGGCCUCCCCAGGCCUGUGCCCAUAUCCACCAGCGCCUUAUAAUUCCAAGGUGCCUGAAAGCCAACUAGUGAGGGCCUAGGGACCAUGCUACCCUGUGCUACAGAGCAGAGGAAGGGAUAGCAAAGCAGGGGUAGUGGUGGGGGUAAACUUGGCUCAAAAUGUGAAUUAAAUAACCAUGUCCUCUGGCGUGCUACAAUGUAUUCAUUCACUAUUCACUGAUUUGUCAGAUCAUCCAUCCACACAGGUGCUGAAGAGUAACCCAUUUCACUUUGUAUACAAGAUAAUGUUUUUGUACUUCAAAUACAUCUGGAAUUCUUUCAAAUAUUCCAAGAUUUUUUUUUUUUCUGAAUAAUCUUUGGUUACCUCUGGUUCUACAAAUGACAAUUUAGGCGAAGAUCUUAGCAGUUUCUUUCCAAGGUAUCAUUUUCUUUGGAAUUCGUUAUACAUUCCUGUUUUUCCCACCUAAUAAAUGGUUGACAGAUGUUCCUAUUUAUUGAUUAAAAUGUGUUUCAGAAACUCC